UCAUGACUGACGGCAGAACAUGCUGAAUUUGUCUUUAGGUGGGAGGAUCCAAAACCAACUCACUACUGUGAACAAACAUGCUUGGAACAUUUUGCGAAAUAAUAUUUUUCAUUGCCUAUUUGCCAUAUACUGAAGGCCAAAGUUAUCAUGAAUAUGGCCUGAUUGAAUCAUGCAGUGGAUCAGCUGGCACUAAUGAAAUUCUCUUCGCUUAUGAAACUGAAGUGGCUGCAUACAUGGAUAUAGAAGAGGCAAAACUAGUUCUCACAGUACCUGAUAUCGUAUAUAGUAUUCCUGGCUUUGAUACAUUACCCCUACAAGAUGUUAACCCCACUCAUAUUGGAUUAACACCUUUGUGCAAAGAUGCUUAUUUCAGGAUCCUCUCUCUUAAUAUAUCUGAACCUCUUGAACCCCCCUGGACCUCAAUUUACCCCAGGAAUGAUGUGAAAUUACAUGUCAAUAACACCCUGAUUUGCCUUGUUUCUGGAUUCUACCCUCCCCCGGUCAGAGUCUUGUGGAUUAAGAACAAUGUGAAUGUGACAGAUGGAUCAAUAGUCAGCAGAUAUUAUCCCAACAAUGAUGGGACCCUGAAUGUAUUUUCUCGUCUGAGUUUCAUUCCAGAGGAAGGAGACAUUUACAGCUGUUCUGUGGAGCACAAAGCACUUCAACAACCCGAAACAAGAACAUGGGAUGUAGAGAUAAAGGAGCCCAGCAUCGGUCCAUCAGUGUUCUGUGGAGUUGGUCUGGCUCUUGGGCUGCUGGGUUUGGCCACUGGAGCAGUUUUCAUUGCCAAAGGGAAAAAAUGGAUAUAGUUAUACUGACGCACUAAGAGUGCCAUAUUUGUUGUUAGUUGUGUUGUUGUGCAUAGAUCCCAUGCAAAUUUGCAUUGCAAAAUAUAUGACAAAAAUACUGUAUCUUUCACCUGUUUCGAUACAUAAUCCAGAUCUGCCUCAUAAACUGAUGCUUAG